CUCAGAAGCACUGCAGGGAUGGUCUGGACUCACCAGAUAAAACCUUCACCCUGUCAAAAGGACCCCAGCUGUGCGAGAUAAAAAUGGGAGGCUUCUUGUUUGGCACUUAUCUAUUCACAGAAACGUUCUAGAAUACACACAUCCCUAAUGUUACAUAGUCAUCGCUGAGCUGCGGAUGCCUUUAUUCACCACAUAACCUGACGCAGUGUGUAGCAGGUUAAUCGCGUGCCAGGAUGACAGAUCAGUAUCAGGAUUACGACUCAGUGGGAGAUCAAGUUGGCGAUGGUUCUCCUGACCAGCUCUACUCAGGAGUCGCUAGCGGGGAUGGCAUGAGCCAUAUUCAGGACAACGGCCAGGAGGGCGUGAUUCGGCUGCCGCGUGUCUCGCAACAUGGGGAUGAUGCAGAUGAUGUACAAAAGGAUCUAGCGAACUGGGAAGCAGCAAAAGAAAAGGGCCACAUAGAUAUCCAUGAGGGAACCACUGAGGAGACCGGCUUUGGUAACACCCCGAAACAAGGCGAUCAAGCUGCUUACAACGCAUUGAAGGAGACGAUUACAUCUCCAUCGGCCUCAGGAGAGAAAGAGAUCAAGCACUGUGACAGCAUUACACCAGAAACUGACAUUACAAAGUCAUCAUCGAUGCCAGCUCCUGAUGCACCAGACGAUGGUCCAUUAAGUUGGCCGGACACAUACUCUGCGGAUCUUGAUUUUGAGGUCACCGGAGAAGCAUACGAGGACAACAGUCCUGACUGGACAACAACACCUAAUGAACUGACCAGACCUUUUGAAUUACCCGGGGAAGUUCAUGUCUCAUUCAAAGACCACAAUGGCAAAGCGUAUGAUGGGGAAAUCUUUGAAGACAACCAAGGAAGAAUAGAAGGGGAAACUGGAGAAUGUGGUGAAUUGGUUCAGGACAACGAAACUUCAGUGCCCCACGAAGAAGAACAAGAAAAGCCUGUAGAAAAGAUCGAGACAAAUGGCACAGAGCCUGAAGAAUCUCAACUAGAUACAUCGCCAUUUGCUGAUGAACAUGAAAUUGCUGCAGAACAGCCUUUUGUUGAAAUAGUUGCUGACGCUUUCACUGUUGAAGCCCAGUUGCCUCGCCCACGUCCUUCGGUGUCUGUUUACCAAGUGGAGAUUGAUGCCAAUAAGCCUCUAAAUGGCGAAGUUUUAAACAUACCAAGUGAAGUUACCGAAGAUCAAGUACAGGCUGUCCAGGAGGUAACAGAGAUCCCCAGGAAGCGAAUUUCAGGAAUACCAGUCAGCCGGAUCCCUCUACAUAAAGCUCAUGACGAGGAGAAACACGAGAGCGAUUCUCAAGAGAAGGUAGGACAGACUUCCUCCUCUCCUUCCCCCACCAAACACUCGAACAACAGAACUUCCACAAUUCCCAAAAAGUCACCCUCUGCUAGUACAAUAACCCAGAAAAAGAGCUCGGCUUCGACAGUUGCCCCAUUGCGGAGCCCUGCUCAAAGAAUACCCUCUGCCACUUCUCGUCUCUCCAGCACCACGACACGAACAUACAAAUCCAAGGAGGGUAGCCUGGAGACCACAGGGAUUAAGCAAGCAGCUACCAGGAGCCCAGCCAAUGUCUCCAGAAUCCCAUCAAAGACUCCCACCACCCCCAAAACUCCACCAACUGCUCUGAGACGGGAUCAGAGGAAACCAGCUUCCAGUGUGGGCAAACCUGAGAGAGCAGAAUCUCCAAAGUCCGGUGAACGAAGCGGCUACAGCAGUCCUGGCUCUCCAGGAACACCCACCAAUCGCACCCGUACGCCUUCCACGCAGACACCCCCCAACCGGGAGCCUAAAAAGAUCGCCAUUGUCCGCACUCCUCCUAAAUCCCCAGCGUCUGCCAAGAGCCGCCUUCAGCCUGUACCUAGCGCGGUACCAAUGCCGGACCUGAAGAAUGUGCGUUCUAAGAUCGGCUCGACUGAAAAUAUUCGGCACCAGCCAGGAGGUGGCAAGGUACAGAUUGUUCACAAGAAGCUUGAUGUGAGCACUGUUCAGUCCAAGUGCGGAUCGAAAGAAAACUUGAAGCAUACCCCAGGGGGAGGAGCAAUACAAAUAACGCACAAGCCAGUUGACCUGAAACACGUGACUUCAAAGUGCGGAUCCAUGAGCAACAUCCACCACAAGCCAGGAGGUGGUAAUGUGGAAGUGAAAUCAGAGAAACUGGAUUUUAAAGUUCAGUCAAAGAUCGGAUCUUUUGACAAUGUCACCCAUACCCCUGGAGGAGGCAACAAAAAGAUUGAAUCUCACAAACUGAGUUUCCGGGAGAACGCUAAAGCCAAGACGGAUCACGGAGCCGAGAUAGUUUACAAAUCUCCUAACCCGUCGGGCGACACGUCCCCCCGGCGUCUCAGCAACGUGUCUUCUUCCGGUAGCAUCAACAUGGCCGACUCUCCGCAACUCUCCAUGUUGGCUGACGCGGUGUCCGCCUCCCUCGCUAAGCAAGGCUUGUGAUGUGCUCCUUCCUUUGAGGGGCUAAGAUUUGGAGGUGGGGGAGGGGGGGUGAGAGACGUACAAAACAAGAAAAGGGAAGCGUUAGAUUAAAAAACAAAAAACACCCACACAUAAUUUCAUAAUAAAACUGGCCUCUUGCGUAUUUAUUAUAUUGUUCUCCCUUUUUGUAUAGGUAUUGCCACCAUGCCCAUACCAGAACUAAACGGGGCAGAUUUUCAGGCUCUGUAUACCACCUUUUCAUGGUUUCAUCAGGGGCAAAAGGAAAUUUUAAGGGAUGUGUAUGUAUAUUUUGUUUCAUAAUAUAAUUUGGCACAAAAGGGGCGUAUGCAGGUGUGUACGCAAGCUCAGAGCGCCCUCUGUGUGUCUACUGUAUUAUUACGCCUAGUCCACAGAGAGUGCAACCUAGAUUUUUUUUUUUUUUUUGGCUAGCUACACUGCAGCUCUUAAAUAUUGUACGUUGGCAGUGCUUGGGGGAAUAAGAAUAAGUUAAUUUAUACCUCACCCCCAGGGUAGAAUGAUGCAUGGACCUGGUAGGUGGUUACUACUGCUUAAAAAUAAUUAAUUCCCAUCUCUUUGCCACCAGUGUUAAUGUUCAUUACUUGCAGGCAGUAGCAUACUCAGAGACAGCUGUAAAGCACCGACAAACAUUAAGCAGAACAAGCAGGAGAUACCCUCAAUUCAGUUCAAAAGUUUCGAUUCUGUCAAGAAUCAAGGGCAUGGCCUACUCGAAGAAGUUCUAACAUUUAAUCUAUGCAUUCUGCUAAGAACAUGACGAGCAGACACAGAAUAAAUGUUAUGGAUGCACGAAGUCUGGGUACUUUUCCCCACACUGCCUAGUAUAUAUCUCCGUGCUAUGAAUGGUGUGAGUGCAUAACUACAAGCUCACACCCAGGGAUUUACGAGAUGUAGCCCAAGAGCAGCUGAAAAGGCUACAGUCAUGGAGGCACAAGCUAAUAUCUUAAUGUAAAGAUAACAUUUUGUCUAUGUAUUUCACAGCAAUUUGACUAGCGCUUUAGAAAUGAAUUUAUAAGCCUUGAAUGCAUCUCAUGUCAAUUGUGAUAGGUACAAGAUAUCUAAGCCACUACCCUCUCAAAUCACGGUGGGGCUAAAAGGUAGAGCUUCGGUAGAUCUACAGUUGUAACGAUGUGCUCUCAACUUAAUCCUCAAGCUGUUGCCCACCCUUUCUCUAAUACUGCCCUGCUCCCCAGUUCUUGUGAAUGAAUGCUUCCUCCCAGCUGCUAAACGUAGACAUAAAGCGAGUGACUAUUGCCAGUCGGCCUUUUCUUACAACACUACUACACCAAGGAUUAGGAGAUGAUGGUGACCUCAAACCUGUCGUGGCAUAAGCAGUGUGUGGGAUAGUUAAUAAAGUGUGACUAACAGAAAAGUAGGACAAUCACCAUGGAAACGAUCAUGUUCUCCCCACUGCAUUGGGUUGUAUGAUGAAUGUCGUACUUUUUUGUUAAACUAUCAUAGGCCUCCUCCCCCAUGUGCGCAGUAUUUUAAUUUGACUCCUAGCACAACUAGAAAGAACUUUACCAAACCCACCUUCUGCCAAAGCUUGUGAUUAGGUCUUUGGCUGCUAGUGAUGGGGCGGCCUGUUAUUCCCCGUGGCAGCUAAUGCGUAUAAGCAUAAUCAGGCACAGUUUCUCCACCCAGCCCCUCUCUCCCACCCGAACGAGCCAAGAACUCACCCAAGUGUAACAGAAUUUAAGGAAAUCUUAGUGGCUGCUUAUUUUAUUUCGCAAAAUGGAAAGGGAGAAAAAAAAAAGUUCCCAUUCACUAGUUAUUUAGUUUGUUUUAAAUUCCCAUUCCCUGCUGUUGAUUCCAUCAGUAACCGCCCCAGGUAUUCACCGCCACCGCUGCCCCCCCAUCCCACCCGCAUCGUUUCUGUGGCUGUCCAUAUUCUGUGUCGUGUCUGACCAGCUGGUUCACACGGUCUGUUGCUGUAAAAGUGGAUUUGGAAAUAAAGUUAUUAAUACAACACAAG